GCUGAUUCGAAAGUCAUGUGACUCGACCAAGCCGUGUGUGCCGCUCCUCAGUAAAUCUGGGUUGUAUUAUUCCAGAACAUGGAGCAUUUAAAGGUAGUCACGGGACUCCUCCUUUUCAUUGCCAUUUCUCCAGGUUCUCCGGGCACAGUGCCAGCUAAAGAAUCAUGGGGGUAUGUGGAUGUCCGCGAGGGGGCGCACAUGUUCUGGUGGCUGUAUUAUGCCAACGACGCGACAAGGAGCUACGAGGAGCUGCCACUCGUGAUGUGGCUGCAGGGUGGUCCUGGAGGAUCUGGCUGCGGCUUUGGGAACUUUGAGGAGAUUGGACCCCUGGACAGAGACCUGGCCCCUAGAAACACCACCUGGAUAAAGGCCGCUAGCGUGCUGUUUGUAGACAACCCCGUGGGCACGGGCUACAGCUACACGGACAGCGAGGAGGCCUUGACCACGGAUGUUGCCAUGAUCGCGGCGGACAUGAUGGUCCUGCUCAAAACCUUCUUUUCAGGAAAAGCGGAGUUCCAGAGCAUUCCCUUUUACAUCUUCUCAGAGUCCUAUGGUGGGAAAAUGGCAGCAGCCAUUGCGCUGGAGCUGACCAAGGCCAUUGAACAGAGGGCAGUUAAAUGCAACUUUGCGGGGGUCGCUCUGGGAGACUCAUGGAUUUCCCCUACGGACUCAGUGCUCACCUGGGGCCCAUACCUGUACAGUACAUCCCUGCUGGACGACCUUGGUCUGGUGGAGGUGAGCAGAGCUGCCAAGGCUGUGCAGCUGGCAGUGGAGCAGGGUCAGUUCCAGAGGGCCACCGAGCUGUGGUCCAUCACGGAGUCCGUGGUGGAGGAGAACACCAAUGGAGUAAAUUUCUAUAACAUCCUAACCCCUGACCCUGAUGAGAAGGUCAAGCUGACAGCAGAGACAGGAUAUUUGGCCGCACUGAAGCGCCGUCACGUCCAGCCUCUAAACAGACGCUCCCUCAGCCAGCUGAUGAACGGAAUAAUCCGGAAGAAGCUGGGCGUCAUUCCUAAGAAUGUAACCUGGGGAGGCCAGGCUGGGGAAGUCUUCACAAGCAUGGAAGGUGACUUCAUGAAGCCAGUGGUGGACAUUGUGGACCAGCUGCUGGCAGCGGGAGUCAAUGUGACCGUCUACAAUGGACAGCUGGACUUAAUCGUAGACACGAUAGGUCAGGAGCUGUGGGUAAAGAAGCUGAAUUGGGCAGGGCUCCCCGUUUUCUCCCAGGAGAGAUGGACAGCGCUGCAGGACCCGGCCGCCCCUGAACAAACGGGCGCCUUCUACAAGGCCUACAAGAACUUCUCCUUCUACUGGAUCCUGAAGGCGGGCCACAUGAUACCCUCCGAUCAGGGGGCCAUGGCCUUGAAAAUGCUGAGGAUGGUGACCCAGCAGGAAUGACCCCCCCCCUCCUCCCCCCCCCUCCCCACCCCCCACCCCACCCCUUUCAAAGACGCCAUCUGGAAUGGCCUGCAAACACUUGAAGACAAUCAACUCCGCUGCACUAAUUACCAAAAAUCACAAACCGUUUGCAAUGUGCAUGGCUCGCAGUCCCUCCUGUUGGUUUUAUGUGUUUUUUUUUAUGAUAAUUGGGGAUUUGUUUUUUUAAGUUGACAAUCUUUAUUUUUAACUAUCAUUGUGAUGUCUUCGUUAAUCUGCCUUGGUACUAUGAGGAAUAAAUCUCUUUUUUCUAUA